AGACAACAUUGUGGUACGAAACUAUAGUACAUGCUUUUGAUCAAUUAUUUAAAUGGAAAGUUUAGGAUGGGUGAAUUAGAACCAUGGAUGGAUGAACAAGUCAUUCGUCAACUGUGGUUCAACCUUAAUGAAAAGGUCAUGGUCAAGGUCAUCCGAGACAAAAUGACAAGUACCAGUGCUGGAUAUGCCUUUGUUGACUUUGGAUCAACUUCAAGCGCCUUUAAUGCUUUGAACACCUACAACGGAGCUCUUAUUCCAAACACUCACAAGCCCUUUAAGCUCAAUUGGGCCUCGGGAGGGGGACUUAUUGACCGACGUGAGGACAGACAGCCUGAGUACUCUAUUUUUGUGGGUGACCUGAGUCCUGAGGUCAAUGAAUCUGGUCUUUUGGUCAUCUUCCAAACUCGCUAUCGCUCAUGCAAGUCCGCUAAGAUCAUGACAGACCCACGUACGUCUAUGUCUCGUGGAUACGGCUUUGUUCGUUUCAGCGACCCAGUAGAGCAACAGCAUGCUUUGGUUGAGAUGCAGGGCGUCUUUCUCGGUUCCCGUCCGAUCCGUGUCUCCGUCGCCACCCCCAAGAACAGUCGUGCAGGCCAUGCGCAAUAUCCCGCCCUUUCACCAACCUCCUCUCUCCCAUCCUCACCCUCUACUCGGUCACCUCCUCUUCAGCAACAGCUUAUGUUCACGGACCCCACAAACACGACUGUCUUUGUCGGAGGACUGUCUGCACCGAUCAGCGAAGAGGGUCUUCAGCAGUACUUUAGCUCGUUUGGCGAAAUCAUUUAUGUCAAAAUACCAACUGGUAAAGGUUGUGGAUUCGUUCAGUAUGUCUCUAGACAGUCUGCCGAGAUGGCUAUUCAGGAGAUGAAUGGAUAUCAAAUCGGAAACUCCCGAAUUCGUCUUUCCUGGGGCCGUUCCCAGCAGACCGAACAAAAGCCUUUGCCUGUCCCACCCACCCUGCCACGGUAA